CCGACCCGCCACCAUAUCUGCUCAGUGUCUUCUUCCUCUCUCCACUCUUAAUUCAUGAACUUCAGCCUGUAUUAAUAAUUAAUACUUUUUUGCAGCGAAAAUUCUCAUCCUGAAGCUGUUUGAUAUAAUGCCUAAGAGGAGUCUCAAUUACAAAUUCGAAUUGGGGAAGACCACUCUCUUGCUUUGCUGUACAAUGUAAUCAUCCUCAACCCUUUAUUCAAAAUUCUCUUAUAAUCACAUGGCCUGUAAUUGCAUUCUCAAUUCUCAAUUUUUACCUUCUUUUUCCCAAUUUAACAAACCCCACUGUCGAAAAAAUAGAACUCCGUUAAUAAUUUCAUGCAGUUCUGAUAGUCCCACAACCGAAGAAGACAAGAAACUUAGGUUUAAUCAACUGGGUUUACUUAAUCUUUCAGUUACUCUCACUGUACUUUCAACUUCACUUGUAAGACCCGCAAAUGCAGCAAAAGUCUCCGAAAAGAGACGUUCAACGAAAAAGACUGAGGCUUUAACGCCACAAGAGCUGAAAAAAUGGUCACAAGGACUUCCAACUGUGAGCAAUAGGCUGCCUUAUACAGAAAUAUUGGAUUUGAAAAGGGAAGGGAAACUUAAGCAUAUAAUUAAACCACCUAAUGUAGGGUUAAAGCAACGGCCGGAGGUAGUUUUAGCUGUUUUAGAGGAUUCUAAGGUUGUUAGAAUAGUGUUACCUUCUGUUGAGAGUGAUCCAAGAUUUUGGUCUGAAUGGGAUGACAUGAAAAUUGAUGGACUUUGUAUGAAUGCCUAUACUCCACCACUGAAAAAACCCGAGCUGCCUUCACCUUAUUUGGGGUUCUUGUCAAAUAUUCCAGCUUGGAUGCUUUCUUUUAUGAAGGCCAAGCCACAGUCGAAAAGGGCGUUGGAGCUGAAGAGGGUGAGAGAAAAAUUGAAGAGGAGGCAAAACCAGGAGAUGUCAAAGAUGCGGGAGGAGAGGGAGAGGAUGGAGAAGGCAAUGAAAACACAGAAGAAAAUGGAAGAGAGGAAAAGAAAGAGGGAGUUGAAGAGAAUGAGGUAUGAGGAGUCGUUGCGUCAAGCAAGUAGAAGUUCUCAGGAUAUGGCAAGAAUGUGGGAAACCUUAGCUAGUGAUUCGAAUGUUGCCACUGCUCUUGGAUUGGUGUUUUUCUACAUAUUUUAUAGAACUGUCGUGCUUAGUUAUAGGAGGCAGAAAAAGGAUUAUGAGGAUAGGUUGAAGAUAGAGAAAGCAGAAGCUGAUGAGAAAAAGAAGAUGAGGGAAUUGGAGAGGGAAAUGGAAGGGAUUGAGGGUGUUGAUGAUGAUGACGAAGAGGAAGGAAGAAAAGGGGAGGAAAAUCCUUAUAUGAAGAUGGCUAUGCAAUUCAUGAGGUCAGGUGCUCGUGUCCGAAGAGCACGUAAUAAGAAACUUCCCCAGUAUUUAGAGAGAGGUGUGGAUGUUAAGUUCUCCGAUGUUGCUGGGCUUGGGAAAAUCAGGGAGGAGCUUGAGGAAAUUGUUAAGUUCUUCACCCAUGGGGAGAUGUAUCGCAGGCGAGGAGUCAAAAUACCAGGGGGUAUACUGCUUUGUGGUCCACCUGGGGUGGGGAAGACUUUGCUAGCAAAGGCUGUGGCUGGUGAGGCAGGGGUGAACUUCUUCUCCAUUUCGGCAUCUCAGUUUGUUGAGAUAUAUGUUGGUGUUGGUGCUUCUCGUGUUCGAGCACUCUACCAAGAGGCAAGGGAGAAUGCACCAUCAGUAGUCUUCAUUGAUGAGUUGGAUGCGGUUGGCAGAGAACGUGGUUUGAUCAAGGGUUCGGGCGGACAAGAACGUGAUGCGACUUUGAAUCAGCUUCUUGUGUGCUUGGAUGGUUUUGAAGGCAAAGGUGAAGUCAUCACUAUUGCUUCUACAAAUAGACCAGACAUAUUGGACCCAGCACUUGUUCGGCCAGGGCGGUUUGAUCGGAAGAUAUACAUACCAAAACCUGGCCUUAUUGGGCGAAUUGAAAUUCUUAAGGUGCACGCUCGUAAGAAGCCUAUGGCUCCUGAUUUGGACUAUAUGGCUGUUGCCAGUAUGACUGAUGGAAUGGUUGGUGCAGAGUUGGCCAACAUUGUUGAGGUUGCUGCUAUUAAUAUGAUGCGUGAUGGAAGAACUGAGAUUACAACUGAUGACUUGUUACAAGCUGCACAAAUUGAAGAACGAGGAAUGCUUGACCGGAAGGAGAGGAGCCCUGAAAUGUGGAAGCAAGUCGCUAUUAAUGAAGCAGCGAUGGCUGUGGUGGCAGUGAACUUCCCAGAUCUUAGAAAUAUUGAGUUUGUCACUAUUGCUCCAAGGGCUGGCAGGGAGCUUGGUUAUGUGCGGAUGAAAAUGGAUCAUGUCAAAUUUAAGGAAGGAAUGCUGAGCCGACAGUCACUCUUGGAUCACAUCACUGUUCAGCUAGCACCACGUGCUGCUGAUGAGCUGUGGUAUGGAAAGGACCAGCUCAGUACCAUAUGGGCAGAGACUGCAGACAAUGCUAGAUCGGCGGCUCGGACUCUUGUUCUUGGAGGUCUUUCUGAGAAACAUUAUGGUUUGUCUAACUUCUGGGUUGCAGAUAGGAUAAAUGACAUUGACUCAGAGGCACUACGGAUCUUACAUAUGUGCUAUGGUCGUGCAAAAGAGAUCCUUGAGCGAAACCAGAACCUUAUGGAUGCAGUUGUUGAUAUACUAGUUGAGAAAAAAAGUCUUCAAAAGGAGGAAUUCUUUAAUUUAGUUAAGCUACAUGGAUCCCUUCAACCAAUGCCUCCCAGUAUAGUUGAUCUCAGGUCAGCUAAACGUUUGGAGUUCCAGGAUACUCUCACAAAGCAGAAGGAAGUAGUUUCUCAGGGACGCAAUUGAGCAAGGUAUUUCAGAUUGUGACGCGAUGAUUAUCAAACCAUGAGCUACUUUGCUCUAUUAGUUUUCUCCUGGAAACGUGCUCCUUCAGUGGUUGGUACGGAAGGUGUUUUUUGGCUACUGGGGGUCGAGCAGCUGCAAUUUUUCCUUCUAAUUUGCAUGGUACAACUUCCUUCUAUCUCUUUUCGCCUUGAAGAUCCUAUUGAAGUGGUACAGCUGUGGAAGGAGAAUACUGCUACCUCAGAUUGUCUGGAGCAGAGAGUGCAAGAGCUCUCUGGGUGGAUUUGUAAGCAUUCAAGCCCAAAUGAUAAUCUGGGACCUAUGAAGCUGUAAAUGUGUAGUGGAGGGGGUGAACUAGUUUUUGUUUUUGUUUUUCUCUUUCUUCCUUACUUUUUUGGGACGACUGGGUGUUCCUUUAGCUGGUUUUCCCUAUUCAGUUUCGAUAUAGAUUGCACAAUAGAGAGGACAUGCAUCGGAUUAUAAGUCGGAUAUAAUUUGUAUUCCUAAGGUUGCAUAAUAUUCUUACUAAUAUCAACUGUAUAAGACUUUGGAUAGCGUUAUUCAAGUUCACUAUCUAUAAAAUGUACUUUAAGCCUUAGUAGGCAGA